AAAAAGCUGAGGACAUUCAGCAGCUGUAAAGCCAAGAGUAAAGCAGCAAGGGCCUGGCUUUCCCAACAUGGAGAAAUUUAAGGCUGCUAUGCUGCUGGGAAGUGUUGGAGAUGCUCUCGGUUACAGAAAUGUCAGCAAGGAAAACAAUGCUCUGGGUGCAAAGAUCCAAGAAGAACUGAAACAAAUUGGAGGACUAGACCAGCUCAUGCUUUCACCAGAAAAAUGGCCAGUGAGUGACAACACCAUCAUGCACACAGCGACCGCCGAGGCACUCACCACAGACUACUGGUGUCUGGAUGACCUGUACCGGGAGAUGGUGAAGCACUAUGUGGAGAUACUUGAGAAGCUUCCAGGACAUGGGCCUGACCCAGCUACCAUUGAAGGCUGCUUGCAGUUGAAGCCAGAUAAUUAUCUCCUCGCCUGGCAUACACCUUUCAAUGAAAAGGGUUCAGGAUUUGGAGCUGCCACCAAAGCAAUGUGCAUUGGCAUGAGAUACUGGAAGCCUGACCGGCUGGAAACCCUUAUUGAAGUUAGCAUCGAGUGUGGCAGGAUGACACAUAACCAUCCUACAGGCUUCCUCGGGUCACUGUGCACGGCCCUGUUUGUAUCUUAUGCCAUCCAAGGAAAGCCACUCGUGCAGUGGGGGAGAGAUAUGAUGAAGGUGGUUCCGCUGGCUGAAGAAUAUUGUAAAAAGACCAUUCGGCAUAUGGCAGAAUACCAGGAGCAUUGGUUUUACUUUGAAGCUAAAUGGCAGUUUUAUUUGGAAGAGAGAAAGAUCAUUGAAGACAAGGAAAACAAAGCCACCUUUCCUGAUAACUAUGAUGCAGAGGAGAGAGACAAGACUUACAAGAAAUGGAGCUCAGAAGGUCGAGGGGGCAGAAGAGGCCAUGAUGCACCCAUGAUUGCAUAUGAUGCUCUUUUAGGAUCGGGGGACAAUUGGACAGAGCUCUGCAACCGAGCUAUGUUUCACGGAGGUGAGAGUGCAGCUACUGGAACAAUCGCGGGUUGCCUGUUUGGAUUGCUUUAUGGCCUCAACAAAAUUCCCAAAGGCUUGUACCAGGACCUCGAGCACAAGGAGAAACUAGAGCAAUUGGGUGAAGCUCUUUAUCGCCUGUCCACAGAAGAAAAGUAAAGCCAUUUCUGCCAUUUUCCCUUUCUAAAGAGACUUUUCCAAAUUCUAAAUGCCCCACUAGUAUUCACAUGCAAGCUAAUAGGCUUUACUUUGUUAAUUUUGUAUGUGUGUGAUUUUCAUCUUGCAAAGAAUCCAUGCAUUAUUGGCCAUAGUUAAAUUUUAACUUUUCUCCUCUCAAUUCCAUAAUCUCAAUUGCUUUAUAAAAUACAUUGUUUGUCCUAUGAGAAUAUUUUUCCCUUAUCAUAACCCAAUCCUAGUGUAUUAUUGAUAUUACAUCAAUUUUUCCACACCCAAACUUCAAAAAGCAGUGGUUAUUAAUAGUCUCUUGGACAAUUGGUGUAUUUUAUUCUAGUGCAAAACUAAUGCUAUCGCUCACUUAUUUCAACAAAACUAACCACAAUAGCUCUCCUUAUCUGUGCCUCCCCUAUUUGUAAAAGCCUUCCAUCACUGUAUUUUUCUACCACUUAGACAUGUAUUUUGACAACUGACAAACCUGUUGCCUCCUCAUUCUUUCAUUAAUAUUUUGGUCUCUUAUUGGCUGUAUGAUACAUUUGUAUUAUUAAUGCAGAUGUUUCUACAACAGAAACACAAAUCAGGAUGUAACCAAAUAGUACUGCGUUUAACCUCCCCAACCUAUGUUUUUAAUCACACUAGAUCUUUAAAAACAACCUCUUUUGGGAAAACUUGCAGAGGAAACCAGGAAAUAAAUGAUUCUCAUGCCUAUC